CGUUAAGGCGUUAAGCAUUUUCCAAUCAUGUGUAACUUGUUCACACAUGAUAAAAGGGAGAAAUCGAUUAGGCCCUUCCCCUCGCACCUGAUUGGUCCGCGCCGGGCCAACGCCGCGCUCUGAGUGGCCGGCCCGGGGAGGUGGGCGGGGCGGCGGUGAUGUCGGCUGCUCACUGACACCCUGUUAUGAUUGUAACAAGAGGCAUGGAUGAUUCCUGUUAUAUUUCAUUCCCACAUGAUCCCUGUCCGCGCCAGCAGCUGCAGCAGCGGCCCGCGCCCCCUGGCCUCCCGCGCCGCGCCCCGAGUUAUGAGCCACGGAGCCUCGCACCGCGGGCCCCUCGCCGCCUAUUCCUCCUCCUCCUCCUCCUCCUCCUCCUCCUCCCUCUCCUCUUGCUUCUCAUGUUAACAGCUAUUUAGUGCCUCCCGAAGGUGGCCCACACGAGGCGGCCUUCACUCUGCGACGCGCCCUAAAUCACGCGCGUGCCGCCCUGCCGCCCUCAGGUGUGACGCCGCCACGCCGCACCCAGUGUUGAAGGCGGUGCGGCAGGCGCGGCGCGGCGCUCAGCGGCGUGCGCCCCGAGAGGCAGCGCGACACCCGGCUGGCGGCAAGUCAGCGGCGCGGAGAGACCUCAACAGAGCAGCGAGUGGCAGGCGUGGUUGUGGUGGUGGUGGUGGUGGCGGCGGUGUGGUUGUGUGGUGAGGGCGCCGCCGCGCGCGCCAGCCUCCGCCAGGUCCCGAGGGGCGCGACGGGCGCCAGGACACGGACUCUACCCUGGUGGCGCCUGGCCGCGCGGCCGACGCAGCGGCAGCGGGCGGGCGUGCAGCGGCGGGCGUGAUGGGCGAGCCCCGGGGCGGGCGCGGGGAGCUGCACCUGUCGGGCCUGGGCUACCUGCACCCCGUGCACGUACUGUCCCAGCUGGCCCGCCCCGUGCCCCUCCCCAUGGGCGUGCCGCCCUUCAGCCUCGCCCCACCCAUGCCCCACGCCCUUAAGAUGAUGGGCGGCGGCGUGGGCGCCAUGUACCCCUGGGGCUUCAACUUGCACAGCCAUGUGCUGGGCGCCGUGCGACCCGGCUCACACACCCUCGGCAGGAGCCUGGCGUCCCCUGAGAGACUCAGCGACGCGCGGCAGGACGAGGGGAAAGACUGCGAGGAGGGCAGCCUGGACGGCGACGCGGCGGCUAAGAGACGACGCUCGCGCACCAACUUCAACUCGUGGCAGCUGGAGGAGAUGGAGCGGGCGUUCGAGGGCUCCCACUACCCUGACGUGUUCAUGCGGGAAGCCCUCGCCAUGCGUCUGGGCCUCACCGAAAGCAGAGUCGCCGUGUGGUUCCAGAACCGGCGAGCCAAGUGGCGCAAGAAGGAGAACACUCGGAAGCCGGGGCGCCCCGCCCACAACGCCCACCCGCAGACGUGCUCGGGCGAGCCCAUCCCGCCCGAUGAACUGGAGCGGCGGGAGCGCGUCCGCCGCGAGAAGAAGCUCCUGAAGCAGCUGGAGCGGCAACAGCGGAAGCUUUCCCUGAAGGGCGUGCACGUGAGCCUGGAGCAGCUGCGCCGCGAGUACGAGAACCAGCACAAGCCAGAGCCGGAGAUCGACGUGGUGGGCGAGGCGGGCGGCGAGCAGCCCGCGCCGCCCCGCCACACUACUGUCAAGCGACCGCCCACCUUCUCCAUCGAGAGCAUCUUGGCGCCAUCCAGGACAGAGGAACGAGGCCCGCCUUCGCCCGGCACCCUGCUGCGGGGAGCGCCUACGCCGCCCCCCACGCCACAGGACGCGCGCCAUACCCUACACCUGCCGCCCACCAAGCACGAGGCGCUCGACUCUUCCUCGGAAUGCGACGUGUCUGAGGCGUCAUCCGAGCCCUUCGUCCCCUUCGGCGCUAUGGAGCGGCGGAGCGACGCGCCGCUGUCCACCGCCGAGGCCCUGCACCAGCGGGGUGCCUCGGCCGCCGCCCUGUGUGCCCUCAACGCCCGCGCUGCCGCGGCCUCGCUGGACGUAUGCGAGGACGCGGAAGCUGCGGGCAGCCUGAGGCACGGAGAUGUGCGGGAUGGCGCGGCACAGGACCUUCCAGUGGUGGACUCCGAGGGCCAUAUCUGCUGAGGCUCCACUAGUCAGUGCCACGGCGCGGCGCCCCCUCCUCAGGGCGCCCAGCGACGGCGGGACCAUGAAUCGUGUCGAGUUGGCGUGGAGCGGCCAGGAUCUCCGAGCACGCCUCCCUUCCCAUCCCACUCUCCCUGUCACCCACUCACCCCCUCCCCUCCUCACCUGAACCACGUCUGUUUUAUCUUGUGUGAAGCAUCGAGCUGACCAGUGAACAAAUGAAGGCAGCCAAAUGACCCCUCAGUGUGUGCCGCCACGGACCACAGCCCCGCGCCCAUCAUGCACGGUGGGAUGGCUCCAUGAUAGCCGGGCAGCCUGGUGUCCAGAGGGGCAUGCAAGGCGGCAGCCAUGCCUCGCCGUGCCGGGCUGGGACAGUAGGGGCGUGUGCCCGCUUGGAGGCAUGAGCUACUCUCCUUCACGCGGCGCUCCUUACUCGGCCUAGAUUUCUCACGCUCCUCGCGAGCCUCCCUCACGCCCUUGCCAGGCGCCGCCCUUGACGGAAACCACACCGCGGCCACUGAGACGCCAUUGCCUCGCUCACACGCACGUAGACACACUCACACACACACACACACACACACACACACACACACACACACACACACACACACACACACACACAAAUGGGCUCAUCACGGUGAGGGAUGGCAUAAAAUCGCCGCCGCCACCGCCAACAUCGCCGCCGCCGCCGCCGCCGCUGCCAGCAGCAGCAGCAGCAGCAGCAGCACCAGUAGAAGCAGCGCCCCGCGGCGCCUUGAGGAGUCUAGGCUGAGUGGCGAUUCUUCUUGUUGUUGCUGUUUGUUGUUUGUUGUUGUUGUUGAUGGUCAAGAAGAGCGAUUUGUAUAAUCUUUUUUUCCCUACUUAGUAAUUUCUAAUUCUUCGACAUUCAAUAAAUACAUUAACGAAA